UUGAUUUCGUGUUAGGGUUUUGUUGAGGGGUUUGACAAAAAAAAUAUACUUUGAGAAAAUAUCACAAUGUCUUUAUUGCAAACUCUUUCCUAUCAAGAUUACAAGGCUAUAAGAAAUCUAAGCACAUAUCAAUGUGAGGUUAUUGCAAGACUAGCGGAUUUAAAAAUAAACUUUGAUGGAAAUAAAAAUGCUGGUGAAUUGCUGUUAAAGUAUUUAGAUCGUAAAGGGUAUUCAGUGCAAGAAUACAAAGAUCUUCUUAUAAAAGCUCAAAACACAAAAACUAUUACAACAUACUAUAAACCACAAUCGAAAGUUGCAAUUUUAAUAGCCAAUGAUAAAUACGAACAUUUAUCAAAAUUGGCAACGCCAUCAAUAGAUUGUGAAUCAUUGGCUUCAAAUCUGAGAAAUUUGGGAUUUAUCACAGCAAUUAUAAGGAAUUCUACUAGUAGCACACUAAAAAGUAUUAUCACAAAAGUUAUUGAUUUAAUUCCUGAAGACUCAUACUGUUUCAUCUUUUAUGCAGGUCAUGGCUGUGAGUUGUGCAAUACUAAAUGCUUACUAGGCAUAGAUACUCCAACAGAGAACAUAUCCUUAGGUCAUUGUGUUACUGAAAACUGGUUGUUACGAGAAGUGUAUAAAUGUAAACCCGAACUAUGCAUCUUAAUUAUGGAUAUGUGCCGAAUGUGUUUGGAUAGAGAAACAAAUUCAAACAUAUUUAGUUCACUAUGUUGUAUAGAAGAAUAUUCAAUACAUAGCAAUUUAUUAGUUAGUUAUUCAACUCAAUCAUCAAAAGCAGCAUACGAAGUAUUGCAAAUAGAAUGCUCAACAACAAUUGAUAAUGAUGUAACUUAUGAACUAAAAACGGGAGAUACGGAUAAAAUUGUGCCUGCAGCCAGUCAAUAUGUUAAUUCUUUGUGUUCAAGAUUGACUGAAAAUGUUGAUGUCUGUACAUUACUAGACAAUGUUCAUUCAGAUGUAGAAAGUUGUACAAAAAAACAAAGACCAAUUAAAGUUCAAUGUGGAGUUUCAAAGAGAUCUCUUUAUGACCCAGUCAAAGAAUCAAAUGCUGAAUUAUUGGACAAGCUUAGAAAAGCAUGUGAAGAAUUUCAUGACCAGUGUGAUAUUUUUUAAGACUGUAUGUAAUAUGUGCCUAUUCAUCAAUAAUUUUACUAAGCUAAGCAUUAGUUA